AGCUGGAAUGUCAUUGUUAGAGCUCGCUGCUCUGUGUCUCAGGGAGGGACAGCUGCCUCUGAGGCCUACUUGCUCAUGUGAGACAGGCAACCCAGUUCACCGUAAAUUUUCCCCCCACCUCCCCACAGACAGACAGGUGGAGCCUGAACUCAGCCAGCUGGGAGUCAAAGGAAGGAACUAGUAGGAAUUCUGGGAGUGGCGUUUUAAAGCUUCCUCUUUCCUCUCUUUACUCUCAAAGAAAAGGGGCCUAGCUAUAUUUGUCAAAGCACUGCUCAAAGCUGAAGACCAGGGAAGGAAACUUUAGCUCUUGGUGCUAGGUGCUGUGCAGGCCUGAUAAUUAGCACCCUCCCAUGCCAGAGAAGAGUAGUGUGAAUGCAACCUCAACGUAGAAAUUACAAACCCUGCUGGUGGAACAGUGGAUGAAAGAUGAGGCUAGGCUAACGGAUUGUACAGUCACAGGGCUGUGACUCAUGAAGAGGUGAUGGGUUAAGUGGUCCCUGUGCCCCAUUUGAAUGUCCGUCACUAUGGCUAAGCGUGAGACUGGCAGCACCAGCCCUGUGGUCAGGCAGAUAGACAAGCAGUUCCUGGUCUGCAGCAUUUGUUUGGAUCAUUAUCACAACCCCAAGGUCCUGCCCUGCCUGCACACCUUCUGUGAGAAAUGUCUACAGAACUACAUCCCUCCCCAGUCAUUGACGCUGUCCUGCCCAGUAUGCAGACAGACCUCUAUUUUACCAGAGAAGGGUGUGGCAGCACUGCAGAACAACUUCUUCAUCACAAACCUAAUGGAGGUGUUACAGCGAGACCCAGAGUGCAGCCGACCUGAGGCCUGUAAUGUUCUUGAGUCAGCCAGUGCAGCUACAGCCUGUCAGCCCCUUUCUUGUCCCAACCAUGAGGGCAAGGUUAUGGAGUUUUACUGCGAGUCAUGUGAAACAGCCAUGUGUCUGGAGUGUACAGAAGGAGAACAUAGGGAACAUGUGACAGUUCCUCUGAGGGAUGUGCUGGAACAACACAAGUCAGCACUUAAAAAUCAGCUGGACGCUGUGCGCAACAGACUACCUCAGCUGACGGCUGCCAUUGAGCUUGUGAAUGACAUCUCCAAGCAGCUUACGGAGCGGAAAAAUGAGGCAGUGACUGAAAUCAGUAACACUUUUGACGAGCUGGAGAAGGCCUUACACCAACGCAAGAAUGCUCUCAUUACUGAGGUCGAAAACAUCUGCAGCACCAAGCAGAAGGUGCUUCAAGCCCAGCUGACAUCUCUGCUUCAGGGAAAAGAGAACAUUCAAAGCAGCUGUAACUUCACAGAGCAGGCCCUGAGCCAUGGCAGUGCCACUGAGGUCCUGUUGGUCCAGAAACAGAUGGGUGAGCGGGUCAGUGCUCUGGCGCGACACAGCUUUCCAGAGCAUCCCCACGAAAAUGGACAUCUGGAAUGCCAGGUAGAGACGGAUGGACUCAGGCGCUCCAUCCAGAACUUGGGAGUCCUGAUCACAACAGGGACUGUAGGCCAUACUAGUGUUGCCACUGGUGAAGGCCUACGACAUGCACUGGUCGGCCAGCACACUACUGUUACAGUCACUACUAAAGACAAAGAUGGAGAACUAGUGAAAACUGGUAAUGCUGCUCUGAGGUCAGAGAUUGUCUCUGCAGAUGGAGUUUGCACUGAAGCUGAGGUGGUGGACAACAAGAACGGCACCUAUGAGGUUGGAUAUACAAUCCGCUCAGAGGGAGAAUUCAGCUUCUCUUUGCUGCUAUAUGAACAGCCUGUGAGGGGGAGUCCGUUCCGUUUGCGUGCUGUCAAACCAUCAGAUGUCCUGCAGUCACCAGACGAUGUGAAGAGAAGAGUAAAGUCCCCGAGUGGAGGAGGAGGUCAUGUGCGGCAGAAGGCUGUGCGCAGGCCCUCCAGCAUGUACAGCACCACCAAGAAAAAGGAAAACCCAAUAGAGGAUGAGCUGAUCUACAGAGUGGGAACAAGAGGGCGAGAUAAAGGAGAAUUCACUAACCUACAAGGCAUCUCAACUUCCAGUAAUGGACGGAUUGUGGUGGCAGACAGCAACAACCAGUGUAUACAGGUAUUCUCUAAUGAUGGCCAGUUUAAGAUGAGGUUUGGGGUCAGAGGUCGUUCACCGGGGCAGCUGCAGCGCCCCACAGGGGUCACAGUGGACAUGAACGGUGACAUAAUUGUAGCUGACUACGACAACAGAUGGAUUAGCAUCUUCUCCUCGGAUGGCAAGUUCAAGAACAAAAUUGGUGCUGGGAGAUUGAUGGGACCCAAAGGUGUGGCUGUAGAUAAGAAUGGACAUAUCAUCACAGUUGAUAAUAAGGCCUGCUGUGUCUUCAUCUUCCAAUCAAAUGGGAAGCUGGUGACAAAGUUUGGAGCCAGAGGAACAUCAGACAGACACUUUGCAGAAAAAAGUGGUGCAAACAUUGCACUGGAGCAAAAGCUUAGUAAAUCUGGCCCUGUUUUCAGUCCUCACUUUGUGGCUGUAAAUAACAAAAAUGAAAUUGUGGUUACAGACUUUCAUAACCAUUCAGUCAAGGUGUACAAUGCAGAUGGGGAGUUCCUGUUUAAAUUUGGCUCCCAUGGAGAGGGGAACGGCCAGUUCAAUGCUCCAACAGGCGUGGCUGUGGAUGCCAAUGGAAAUAUCAUUGUUGCUGAUUGGGGCAACAGUCGCAUCCAGGUGUUCGACAGCUCUGGCUCCUUCCUGUCCUACAUCAACACAACAGCGGACCCCCUUUACGGCCCCCAGGGCCUGGCCCUCACAUCUGAUGGUCAUGUGGCGGUGGCAGACUCUGGGAACCACUGCUUUAAGGUCUACCGCUACCUACAGUAGAGACCUGAGACAGCCAUUGUCACCACUGCAAGCACUGACAACGACACAACCAAUGUAUUCCACAGGGUGCAAUGACCUUUCCAAUACAGCCUUUUGAUGUGCACAUCAGCUGAUCUCCCAGAUAUAAUUAGGUGUCUGAGUUUACCCUCCUCAUGAUGUGUAUUGAAGAUUGUUUUUAAAUUUGGGUAAUGUAGCAUCCUUGGGACAAGUAAUGGACAUAAAGCUAUCUGGUUUUAAAACCUGUUGAUGGUAUUGUUAAACCACACUUUCUGUGAGACUGGACAGGGUAUGAGAUAGACUGAAUUAUUUAAUGAGCCAUAACUUGUCCAAAUGCAUGAAGUUUUAUUUUAUCUUAAUACCCAGGCAACAACCCAGUGUACCCAUCAGUUGCUUUUCUCAUGAACUAGCUAAUGCUUACAGUGAAAUGAACAGUGCUACGCUUUUCCAGCAAUGAAAUGUAAACUUUCUCAUUUACUGACAUCACAUAAAAUUGUCACCACCAUCUGUGCAUUGAUUUGCUGUAUGUACUGUAUAUACAUAAAUGUAUAUUGUGUAUAUUAGAUCACUCCGUAUGUAUUUGCUAUGAUUUUGAAACACAGCCUUUUGGCUAUUCAGAGAGCAGCAGUCAAGGAUUCCAGGAUUUUAAUGUGUGUAUGGCAGCUGUUAAAAAGUGUGUGUUUUAAAAAUACCCAGCACAUGCUUAAAAGAAGAAGAGUGUCAUAUUUAUUGCUAAUGUAAGCAGCACAAUAACCAUUUUUGUUAAUAUCGGUUGUUUUAAAGGGAAAAAACAAAAUGAAAAAUGCUAAUUUAUUUUAUUUUAUACACUAGCUCAGCAUUUAAAAAUUAUUUUUCUAAAUUGAUGUGCUUUUUUUCCGUUGGAGCUUCACACGUUUUCCCUUAUCCUUAAAGGGAAACUUCACCUUAAAGCAGAAUUCAGAAUCCCCCCACAUUUGGUAAAUUUCAAUCAGUGUUUGUGCACAGGGGCAGCUCUUUUCCAACCUAUUUUUAUUUUCAUUUGGGAUGUUUUCUAGGUUUCUCUGGUCAGAAUAAAUGGCUGAAGAUAUCUGCUCAUAUGAUGGUUUUUGCCUUUAACAAUUAAAGAGCUUUAUUAAUUAAAGUGCUAAUAAAAAAAUACACAUAUCUCAGGAAAUACAUCCAAAUUAGAUUAGACCAUGUCAAUGAAACAACUUUAAAUAUUUUUUUUGGUAUCCGAUUGUGAGGCAUUGGGAGCUGACUGUGACAAAAUUGUGAAAAUGUAGUCUGGAUCCAAGAUCACAGAAAUUAUUGGGAUGGAAUAUGAAUUCUGUUUUACAGUGUUUUUAUUAUUAUUAUUUGAUUUGUUUUUGGCUUUCAGAUAGGAAAAAAAAAAUUAAAUUAUAAUUUGUUAGAUGACAUUUGCCAGCAAACUCAUCCACGCUUUACACUUGCCUAUGAUACUGUUGUAAGCUAUUUUAACAAAACUGUCAAGCCAUGACUCCUAAAACCUGUACCAGUAGAGCUGUUGCUGCUCUUCCUCCCCCUAGUGUUCAUUCUGUGUAAUGUCAAAAGAAAACCUGGUGCCACAGCAGAAGAGAGACCAGGUGCAGGAAGAAGGCAACUUCUUGGUCUGACAUAAUUACCCACAGCACUGUGCUAAACACCCAAACACCAACAUUCACCCUCCUCAGUGUAUUCUCUGAGUUGCAGGAUGUGAUGCGAUUUUACCAGUUACGUCACCCAGGAAGUUGCUGUUUUUUAUGCACCUAAUCAGCCCAGACAUCUUUAAAGAGUCAAAGGCUCACCUUUUUGACACGUGUCUGAAGCAUUUUAUCCUACGCUGUUUGUGUCACACCAAUACAAUUUAGUUUUCUCUAUGAAUAUGCACUGGUAAUAAAAGCACAUGGUUUACUGA